AGAAGCCCAUGCCCUCAGGUCAACUUACACAGAUGGAACGGAAAACUGUCUGUGCGUUUUAAAGUGGAAAACUUAAGAUCUCCUUUGAAUCUCUCAAGAAAGAAGGCAAGAAAGAUUGUGUUAUGAAAGAAAGUGGACGUAGCGUAAGUGUGACUGUGUGCCUCGGAUUAGGCAGGCUGGAGCUUCCAGAGCGACCUGCCAUGUGUUGCCGGACAAACCGAUAGAAUCCCUGAUGUUUCACUCCGUUGUGCUGUCAUGCUGACUUUAACGAGUGUGAGCUCGUGCUGCUGAUCUCGUGCUUGAUAAGUUGCCGGAGUUCACUUUGAAGAAUUGGAACAAUGGCAUUGUUGCAGUCUUUGGCAAAGAGGACGGGUUUUAGGAGAGCAUGCAUUUUAUUGCAAGUUUCCUGUUUGUUUCUGUUUUGCCUGAUAUCGCAAGCGGCGCAAGCAACAGAUGUCGAGUACAGCGUAACAGACCCCUUUGAUGUUUCCCAAAACACCGAAUAUGAAAUUGUUACUCCAUAUGAAGUUAACCAAAAUGGACUCUACAUCUCCCACGCAGUUGAUCAUCACCACAGAAGGAAACGGUGGGCUAUCAAUAUGGCGGAUACGUCCAUCCAUCUUAAACUGCACGGCUUUGGCCAAGAUUUUCACUUAGAACUUCAGUCGUCCAAAAAUCUUCUGGCCCCUGGAUUUAUGAUCCAGAUGUUAGGGAAAAAUGGAACAAAACACGUUGAGACUUACAAGGAGGAUGACAUUUGUUUUUAUCAAGGAUCACUGAGAUCCAAAAUGAAUUCUUCUGUAGCACUUUCUACAUGCAAUGGCAUGACAGGUUUGAUCAGGACGCAGGACGCGGACUACUUCUUGAAGCCUUUACCCCUACAACUUGCACUUAAACGGAACUACACGGCCCCCACUGGACACCAGCCCCACGUCCUCUACAAGAGAUCCACUGACAAUCAGAAACCCUUAGUGGACAAUGAAGUCCUAAUGGCGAGACGUCCCAGGCACUUUGAUUUCUACAGAGGAGGAAACCAAAGUCGGAGCGAGCACAGCGACUACAAGCACGGACGGCUUCAGAAGCAGCAUUACUGCGGCAGGCGCAAGAAAUAUAUGCCCAAGCCUCCAGAAGAAGACAUUUACAUUUUGCCAGAUGAAUAUAAGUACUUAUCCAGAACCAAACGAUCAGUAAUGUUCAAGUCUCAUAGGAACAAGCAGCUGAAUGUCGAGACUCUGGUGGUAGUGGACAGGAAGAUGAUGGAAAACCAUGGAAAUGAAAAUAUAACUACAUACGUUUUAACUAUUCUGAAUAUGGUUUCUUCCCUUUUUAAAGAUGGGACUAUAGGAGGAAACAUAAAUAUUGUAAUUGUGGGAUUAAUUCUUCUUGAAGACGAUCAGGCAGGACUGGUCAUCAAUCACCAUGCUGAUCACACUUUGAACAGCUUCUGCCAGUGGCAGUCGGGACUAAGCGGGAAGGAUGGAAGCCGCCACGAUCAUGCCAUUCUUUUAACCGGAUUGGAUAUCUGCUCCUGGAAAAAUGAACCCUGCGACACUUUAGGUUUUGCACCCAUCAGUGGAAUGUGCAGUAAAUACCGGAGCUGUACCAUUAAUGAAGACACCGGACUUGGACUGGCAUUUACUAUUGCCCAUGAAUCUGGCCAUAACUUUGGGAUGAUUCAUGACGGUGAAGGUAAUGUCUGUAAGAAGUCUGAGGGCAACAUAAUGUCUCCCACAUUAGCAGGCCACAAUGGAAUCUUUUCUUGGUCUGCAUGUAGUCGGCAAUAUCUGAACAGAUUUCUAAGCUCUGCCCAAGCCACCUGCCUAGUAGAUGAGCCCAGAUCCGUGAGGGAGUACAAGUAUCCGGAGAAGCUUCCAGGGGAGCUGUAUGACGCCGACACCCAGUGCAAGUGGCAGUUUGGGGAAAAGGCCAAACUCUGCACUCUGGACUUCAAAAAGGAUAUAUGCAAGGCAUUGUGGUGUCACCGAGUUGGCAGGAAAUGUGAAACAAAGUUCAUGCCGGCUGCUGAAGGGACUGCAUGUGGCCCUGAUAUGUGGUGUCGUCGAGGACAGUGUGUGAAACAUGGAGAUGAAGGCCCCCGAUCUGUUCAUGGCCAUUGGUCAGACUGGUCCAACUGGUCUACCUGCUCCAGGACAUGUGGUAGUGGGGUGACGUUCAGAGAACGACAGUGCAAUAACCCAAGGCCUGUGUAUGGUGGAAGGUUCUGUGAAGGCUCCUCUCGGGUGUACAAAUUGUGCAAUACUCAGAUGUGUUCCCCGGGCAGCGUUGAUUUCCGAUCCAAGCAGUGUGCUGAAUUUAACAGCAAGCAGUUCCGAGGCUGGCAUUACAACUGGAAACCUUAUACUCAAGUUGAAGAGCAGGACGCCUGCAAGCUCUACUGUUACGCAGAAGGCUAUGACUUCUUCUUCGCUCUCUCCAGUAAGGUGAAAGAUGGCACCGCCUGUUCUGAAGAAAGCACAAAUGUGUGCAUUGAUGGAACGUGCGAGCAGGUUGGCUGUGAUCGCAUUUUGGGUUCCAGUGCUGUGCCAGAUAUUUGUGGAGUCUGCAAAGGCAACAAUUCAACAUGCAAAAUCUACAAAGGCCAUUACAGCAAGCAGCACUACAACAACCAAUACUACCACGUUCUAACUAUUCCAGCAGGAGCUCGCAGCAUUCGUGUAUUUGAGACGAACAGCUCCAGUUCCUAUUUAUCUGUGAGAAAUCUGCAGCAGAAGUAUUACCUUAAUGGACAAUGGACAAUCGAUUGGCCUGGCCGACACAAAUUCGGCGGAACAAUCUUUGAGUAUAAGCGGCCAUACCAUCGCCCAGAGACCCUUUCGGCAUCAGGACCAAUUAAUGAGACCCUGGUUAUUGAGAUUCUCCUGCAAGGCAGAAACCCUGGCAUAGGGUGGGAGUAUACACUUCCAAAGUCGGAGCCUGACAGGAAGUCAAUACCAAAGCACAACUUCACCUGGGCCAUCGUCCGCUCUCAGUGCUCAGUGUCCUGUGGUGGAGGCCAGAUGACUACAAAAGCAGCCUGCUACAGGGACCUCCAAAUGCAAGUGAACACCUCAUUCUGUAACCCCAGGACACGUCCCAGGACAGGACUGGUUUUCUGCAGCACCCAGGCUUGUCCUCCAAGCUGGAGAACUGGCGACUGGGGAGAGUGUAGCCGGAGCUGUGGAGCUGGUGAACAGAUGAGGGCUGUCAGCUGCAUCCAGAAGACAUCUAACCACGAUAUGCAGGUGCUGGCGGACUCCAAGUGCCAGGCACCAGUCCCCCUACGCUGGCAGUCGUGCAACAUGCACAGCUGUCCACCUGCUUGGAGCGUUGGACCAUGGUCUGAGUGCUCCCGUAAAUGUGGCAAAGGGCAGAAGAAGAGAACAGUGGUGUGUAAGAGCACAAACCCGUCUCCAAAGCCACAAAUCCUUCCAGACAGUUCUUGCAUAACAGAGGAUAAGCCUAAAUCACAAGAAAGCUGCUUUCUGAAACGUUGCCAGAAGCACAAAAAAGUCCAGUGGUUUGUCUCCACCUGGCAAGAGUGCUCUGUAACUUGUGGUAAAGGGUUUCAGAAGAGGCUCCUGAAAUGUGCUGAAAAGGACGACGAAGGAAAAUAUAAAGAGCUUGCGGCAAAAAAAUGUCAGCAUAUCCCGAAGCCGUCUAUAGACCUCGAGAAGGAAUGUGACCUUUCUGCCUGCCCCAGGCCAGCCGCACCUCAGCUUCCCAGCAGUAGUUUAGCCAACUGGUACACCUCUCCAUGGUCUCAGUGCACAGUGACCUGCGGAGGUGGUGUUCAAGCUCGCUCUGUGCAAUGCUUGGCUUUCGGUAGACCAUCCUCAGGAUGUCUCCUUCAUUUAAAGCCGGUGAUGUCUCAAGCCUGCAAUACCAACUUCUGCCCAUCAUUGGAAAAAAAAGAUGUCACCUGCAAGGAUCAUUUCAGCUGGUGCUACCUUGUUCCCCAGCAUGGAGUUUGCAAUCACAAGUUUUAUGGCAGGCAGUGCUGUGCGUCGUGCUCUCAGUCAAACCUCUAAGUCCUGAUGAACAGUUUGCCGGAUUGGAGGGACGUCAUUUCUCUCCCUGUGAAGCAGCCACAUAACUGUAAGUCUCACCCAAGCUUUUCUGGUAAGGUCGCCAAACUGCAGAACAGAGCUGGACUUUUUUUUUAAGUUUUGCUGACAUGGUGAAAAUUCCAAAUAGCGAUGACUGGACGUGAGCUUCCGGCCCUGCCAGCCUGGAUCCCCCCCCCC